AGUCGCAUUCGGCGCGAAUGAGACAGUUCUUCUGAAGCAAUCGAUUGGAUUGCUUCAGUUGGCGUCUCUAGGCAAGGAAAAUACAAAGUGACCAAUUUCAAUUGCAAUUCACUCAAUUUGUCCUGGCUAAAGGGCUUAGUUUGAAACUUUGUAAUUAAAUUGUGGUGCAUCAUGGAGGAAUGUGGGGAAAAGUUGAAUUGACGGUGGAAGGGUGAAGGAGGAUGAGAGAAAAGGUGGAUGCUGUGAGGUGUAUCGAGGGACAAUGAGAGUGUUACAGGAAGUUAAAUAGCUGAGAAAGUGAGAAUAAAAGAUGAGUGUGGCCCUUGCGAGCGGAAAUAGGGGCAGUCGUGUGAGUCCUUCGCCUGCUAAGGGGACAACUGCUGCCUACACUGAUACGGAAGUGACUCCAAAUGUACUAGCCAUCCCCCUGUCUGCCAUUCAAGCCAAUACCACAGAGCCACGAUGUGGUCCUCUUUCGGGUGGUGCCCCCUCUGCGCUCUCCUCCAUUUAUGAAGUAGAUGCACCCCAGCCACUUGUCGAUCGUCGACCGUCAGUGUCCCUGCUCAAAUGGGGCUCCUCCAGGCGCUACGAAGUACCCACACCGACCAUACUCCGGCAAGUGACUUUUGGAAAUGCAGCAAAUAACUGCGGAACAGUGGCUCACAAUGGUGUACGAACGGAGCCAAUAUCUCUGGCCACCCUUGACAGAGAUUGCUUCAUAAUCCCUAUGCAGUCACUCAAUAGAUUCCUCCCAGACGGAAUUCCCCUUCCCGUGCCCAGUGAAUCGAGCGAGAAACAAUCUUCAGGGCCACUAAGUGUGUUGGAGGUGUCAGAUCCUAAAUUAUGUAUCUUGGCACAUUUAAUGAGCCCCUUGGAGCCAAUUGAUCCCCUUCUGGAGUCACCACUGUCGCAUCCUCUGCUCAAGCAACGUUCUGUAGCGGCAGAACUUGUAUCUGAGGUGCAACAGUCUAACUCAGCAGUUGGAGGAAUGCUGCUGGCUAACAUGGAGAAGAAUGCUGAAUUCCCUUUUAUUGCAUACUACGUGAUCAACACAACAGUUACGGAUCCAUCGAAUUUCUAUUCGGGCGUAAGAAGUUCAUCCUUGUGCAAAUUUGAACCGAAGAAUUUGAGAUAUACAGCUGCCCACACGUUAGACCUUUACAGCGAAGUGGCAUCGAUAUGUCGGCCACCACUUGUGCUGACUACCAAUGAAAUAGGAGCUUUAAGGAAAUCCCAAACACCCUCAACAGGAUACAUUAUAAGUGUCUACAAGGUGUUUGAAGGAGACGACGGUGAACGUUUUGAGAGGAAUUGGCUUUAUUGGACGGGUGCACGAAUGCUCUACAGAUAUUUGCCAAAGACGGCUGGCUUGAGGCGAAUAGCUCUGCACAAGAGCACUUCCUCGAAAGGUGAUAAGAUGUAUUUGCUCGUGUGCGAAUGUGCUGACCUGCUGAAGGACAUAUCGGCUGCAGCGUUCCUAAUUCCCGCCCUGAGGGCUCGUCUCUGUGGCUACACAGGACUCUAUCGUCCAAUUCAAGCAUUCUAGAUUGGGGCAAGUAAUGCCCAUUUCUUGACGCAAAGUGUUCACAAAUGACGACUUUUUUUUUUAGUUUUAUCACCAAAUUUGCAGGUGAUAAAUUCAAGAAAAAAAAACAACGUAUUUUUCCUAAGUAGAAAUAACAAGGGUCACCCAGAUGGUACCCAUUAAACAUAUCUCAAAAACAACUUCACACACGAAACUUUCAAAUCGUAAAAUAAAAAAAUAUAUAUAUUUCUAAUAUAGGACCACAGAGAUAUCAAGCAGUUUUUUCUUCGUGAUAUUCUUGAAUCUUACAUUAAUGCAAUUUCUACUUUUGUACACGUUCCACAGCCCCAAAAUAAAUGGCAUGGAAAAUUUUUAUAAUUAUAGCUAUUGAAUAGAGAGUGCACUUUUAACGAAAAAUAAAAAAAAAGAAUAAGUAGAAAGUUUUUUGCCUUAACGCCACAUCUAGAAUUAAAAAAAAAAACAAAUCUGACAAGAUCCUUUUUUUUAAUGGUUAAAGUAAAAAAAAAGCGAAAGAGAUUAUCAUUCUUUCGAUUAGUGUAAUCCCAAAUGAAAACCACAAAUUGUGAAUUUUUCCUGUGAUUUAUAAACCACAUAAUGUUCGUUUCACGGUAGAUAAAUAAAAAAAAAACGUUUGAUGAAGUUCUCUCUCUCUCUCAUAGAAUUAAUGACAUGUCACUAUAAAUAUUUUUGUAACGUGUCUUUUAUCUGAAAACAUUAUUAAAAUUGUAUCUUUCUACCAAUAAUUACAGAGUUAUUGAAGCUCAAGAAGUUUUCCUGAUAUGAAGAACUAGUAUUGAAAACGUUUAGGCCAUGUUUGACGUUAUUAAUGCCAAUUGGUUUCACAAUACUUUUAUUAUUUAUCUUUUUUUUUUAAACAUCGUACUCGCGAAUUCGAGUAUUUCAUAAAUCUGCCCAAAAUAGCCUGGAAAAAAUACUUGGAGUAAAAAUUAAUAUACAUUCAUUAUCGAUUAAUUAUUACCGGUUCGUAACAUGGACUUCAAACUAGAGGUUUGGUCCUGUUUCCGAAGGUCUCGAUUUUUUUUAAGUGUAAUGGAUAGGCUACCCUUAGUAUCCAAAUAAGACAAAAUUUUCACCAGAAUCAUAGUAAAUUUAAGCCAUAUACCCAAGAGACAAAUUUUUCCUUAUAUUGUCUUGUAGAUUUCUCUAAGUAAGGCGUUAUAGAACCAAAAUUCUUAUAAUCUGCUUAUAGUGUUCUAGAUUCCGUUACUGAGCCCAAUAAAGAGAAAGCCUACUACAGGAAUUUCAACACAAAGUUCUCAUUAAAAGUCUUUUAAAGGUGUAUCAAGACUUGUCAAAUUCUUAAGACAACUAUUUUGCUUCAGGAACUUUACAACUAGAGACCGUCUAACCGUUUGGACGUACUCCAAUUUUAUCGGACAUUUAAGCACCCAUUAAUGCAAACUCGUCUCAAAUAGCUGGAAAAUUUGCUUCCCAAAGCAAUUUUAUCUGUUGACUUUGGAAAUUAGUUUUAAAAAAGAGGUAACACAUAAAUCUUUGGUGUAAUAGGUACCUUGCUUAUCCGAAUUUAGAGAGGCACAACUCAUUCUGAGCCAUUUUUCAGCAGGCAGGAAAAAAUAUGCAAUUGGUUUAGAUAAUUAUCUCAGGCAAAUGUCUGGAUAAAAAUUUUUUAUUAUCCUAUAUUAUCACACUUGCACAUUAAAAUUUUAAUGUUAUUCACAUCAGUCGUUGGUAAUGAGCGUCCAAAAUGUGUUUUGAGUCACUUAGGGUAAGUGUGCCAAAUUUCGGCCACUUUGAGUGUAAUUUCGGCCAAGCAAAUAAAUUAAUUAAAAUUAUGUAUGUAAUCUUCUAAUAGUCAAUGAAUUCAUUUUGCUUUUAAAUAUUUAUUCACUUUAGGAUGUAGUAACAUAAAGAUCGUUAAAUUUUAGGUAUAAUUUGAAUUUAAAUUGUGUUGUAAAAACUCAGUGUAGAAAGAGUCUUACAAAAAAUGUGACAGAUCGAUUGUGUUUCUAGCAAUCUUGUAAUUUGUGGUGAAGUGCAGAAGGUUUUCUUUCGGUGUUUUUCAUGAAAAUUAAUUAGUUUUCAUUAAAGAUUGUUUCUGUGUUAAUAGUGAACCAAUCUUUAAAUUUCGGGUAAAAUUUCCCAGCUGGAUCCUGUAUUUCGUGUAAAAAAGUAGAUACUUUGUGAGCGUCUCUCCGGUGAGGGAGUGUUGCCUAUUCCGGCAACAUCUUUUGCUUUCCUAAAUUUCUUAUUCAUUUUAUGUUUUUUUUUUCAAUUUCUGAGUUCUACAAUGUUCAUAGAAAAAACCAUAGCUUCUAUGAAAAAGAUUCUGUGGAAAAGGCCUUGGAAGAGUUCAGGAAGGGCAAAUUGCUACAGGAAUCUGCGCGUUAAUUUGAGAUGCUACUCUUCAGGUCUUUAGGACAAACUACACGGAAGAUUUCAGGGCUUGUGGGUCAUAUAAACGUAUUAAACUAAAUAUUAAACUCGUUCCGUUUGACGUUUUUAAAUUUUCUACCCGUAGCGUCACAAAAGGUGGUCAGAAAAAAGGUGGCCGGAAUUUCACUCAAAGUGGCCGGAAUACUACCCAAAGCAAUGUCCACAUUUUUAUUAAUUUUUCAAUAUUUUAGGAAGUGAUUUAAAGAAAACAAAGAUGAUAAACUAGUUUUUAAGGUUCCACAAAACUGUCCUGAAAAGGAAGGAACAAGUAAUAUCAAUUUGAAUUCAAAAUAUUGCAUUUCAAACUUAGGACUUCGGUGCUUAUUUGCAACUAUGCCGAAAUUUGGCACCUUACCCUAAUAUUUAUUUUGGAUUUGAUCGAUUAUUCGAGUAUAUUUGAUCUGCAGAAAUAGGCUUCAAUUGAAAUAAAGCAUAUUUAAAAUAUACUGGGGGAGCAGUCGGAGUAGUAAACAUAGGAUACCUAUAAACACUGAUUAUUCCGUCUACAUUACUUGGAGUUAUGUUGACCAUUUUUCCAGUGGACAAGGAUCCCUCAUCUAUGAAUUCACAUAGGUCUUGUCCUCUAAUCUCAAUACCUAAUUAAGAAAAGCUCAAUGUUUAAAACUACCCCAUGUUUAGUACUGCCCCACAUUAAUUAAUCCCGCAUUAAUUUUUCGCAUUAAUUCUGUAACUCAAUUUAAGCCUUAUUUUCGUGGGUCAAGUCUACCUUUUUAUCAAGAAGUAGAUGAAAAUCUAAAUAUUAAAUUAUUAAAAGACAUUUUACAUUUGUAAGCUCACCAGCGCCAAUUAAUUUAAAUCACGAUAAAAUUUUAAUGUGCCAAUGUCAUUGCCACCGUUCUAAUUUAAUUUUUUGAGCAGAAUUAUGGCUUACGCAUUAGUUUUAGUGCCUUUUUAUUCUUAAUUUCGCAAGUAAGCAAAAACAAAAGAUUUUUUUGAAAAAUAUUUCAAAUAAAAUAUUUUAUAUGUUAAAUGUUUAAAAAUUUAUGAAAUUUCCUAAAUAAAUUAAAAUCAUUGCAAAAAGAACUAGUUGUAUAUUGAAAAGCUAUGCCAAAGCCGUUCUUAUGGCGUAGUUCAAUUCAUUGGUUUUCAAUAUUUUACGACCGGCUGAUGCAUAUUAUUGUUUAUUUUUUUUUCAAACUAUUAAAUACGCAAAAUUAAACUUGCUUCAUGAGCUGUGAAAAUAUCGCUUAUUUGGUAUUUUCGAUUUAUGGUACUUUUCUGAUUUUUUUUUAAUAAUCCGGUAUUAUUUAAACAACUUCAAUCGCUAUAUUUUUUGUAGUAAAACUAUAUUUUUACCAUCAUGCAGAAUAUUUAAUAAAAUUACAUCCUAUAAAACCGAUUACCAUGUCACGGCGAUUUUUGGGCAGAACUUGCAUAAUGCUGAAGACGAUAUUCAGUCAUAGCACAAUAUUGUCACUUACUUCAGCUCUCAUAAUUCAGGUUAGAAUAUCAAUAGGGGAGGAUGGGCAGUUUUACGUAGUUAAUUGAGCUGUAUGAAAAUCAAUAGUGGGGGAACCUUGUAAAAAUAAGUAAGUCGUAAAAGUCUUGUAAAAUCUUGGUAUCCUAAAUAGAAAAAUAAUCGGCAUAUAAUUCCUAUAUAUUAACAAAAAGCAUGAAAAUCGUAAUUAUUUUUUUUUCACCUAAUAGAUAAAUAAAAUAUUUUAAAACUGUUUGGAGAGAUAUACGCAAAAAUGAAAAAGAAA